GUAUAUAAACCGUAAGAUCUUGUUCCGUGCUUAAGUUCUAUUGAGCUAACAUACCGACAAUGUUGAUUCGGUGUCUUUUAGCCACUGUUCUGGUAUUCCAGGCGUGUUUGGCCGUCCCUUUCGGCCUAAAACCUAGGAUCACCGAUGGUGAGGAUGCCAUACCGGGUGAAUUCCCUUAUCAGGUUUCUGUUCAUUGGGGUUUUCCACCCUUCAUUCGUUUUAACCAUGCCUGUGGUGGUUCAAUUAUUAACGAGAGAUUCAUCUUGACUGCGGGACACUGCGUCAUGAAAUUUGGCAAGCUUAAAGUCUUCGCUGGCAAGCAUUCUCUUCUUGAUCGCGAGCCUACUGUGCAAGAAAUUGACGUCGUAAAGACUAUCGUCCACGAAAAUUAUCCAGGAGGUGUCGCUCCGUACGAUAUUGCUCUUUUAAAACUUAAGACACCUCUCACUUUUAACGAGAGGGUAUCUCCUGUCAACUUACCUCAACAAGACGAGGUAAUUACUGGAAAUGCUGUGCUCUCUGGAUGGGGAUCUACUUCCAAGAAAUUGCUUCCAGUACUUCCCAAAGUUCUUCAAAAAGUUACUGUUCCCUUAUUGGAUCAUGAGACUUGUCAAGAAAAAUUCACGAAAGGGCCUGACGCACCAAAAGUCUAUGAUUCACAAAUCUGCACUGAAGCUGUUGGAGAAGUAUCCGCUUGUUCCGGUGACUCUGGCGGUCCAUUGGUCAAAUUUGUAAAUAAAAAUUACCCCGUUCAGGUCGGUAUCGUUUCAUGGGGAGUCUAUCCGUGCGGUGUUAAUAAAAUGCCUUCGGUCUACACUCGUGUAGCUUUCUACAUCAAUUGGAUUCAGAUGACAAUAUGGUUGGAGAAUUUAAACUAUCAAUACAAACUUCAACAUGUUAAGAUGGAGUACGUCGAUCGCAAGACUUGCCACGAAGCCGUCGAAGACCUGACGGGAUCUUCGCCCGUUCAUGAAACCAAUGUUUGCACUGGGCCAUUAUACGACCAAAUCUCCGCGUGCAGCGGUGAUUCCGGUGGGCCACUAAUCUCGCGUAACGGACAAAAGCCGGUGCUCACUGGAAUUGUAUCUUGGGGUAUUAUUCCAUGUGGCAGUGCAGGCGCGCCAUCCGUGUACACCAGGGUAUCCAAAUUCAAUAGUUGGAUCGCGCAGAAAAUCGGAUCUAUCUUAAACGAAAAUUGGAUCGUAACAGCCGGGCACUGUGUCCAAGCAGUUCCUUCUAUAAACCUUCUUCGUGUUAAGGCUGGAAAACACGAUAUUCGACGUAACGAGGACACCGAACAGACAGUCCAAGUGGUGGAAGGAAUCAUACAUGAAAAUUACGGAGGUGAUGUCGGCCCAUAUGACAUUGCUCUGCUUAAGCUUGCAUCUCCAUUGAAGUUGUCGAAUGAAGUACAAGCCAUCGAAUUAGCAGAGCCAGAGAGUGAUCCAACGGGAGAGGCUUGGCUUUGUGGAUGGGGCUCCACCUCGACUACCAGACUUCCGAAAAUGCCAGACAAACUUCAACAUGUUAAGAUGGAGUACGUCGAUCGCAAGACUUGCCACGAUGCUGUCGAAGACCUGACGGGAUCUUCGCCCGUUCAUGAAACCAAUGUUUGCACCGGGCCAUUGUACGACCAAAUCUCCGCGUGCAGCGGUGAUUCCGGUGGCCCACUAAUCUCGCGUAACGGACAAAAGGCGGUGCUCACUGGAAUUGUAUCUUGGGGUAUUAUUCCAUGUGGCACUGCAGGCGCGCCAUCCGUGUACACCAGGGUAUCCAAAUUCAAUAGUUGGAUUGAGCAGAAAACCGGUAGUUAUUAGAGACGGCAAUGUUUACGGCGUAUCAACGCGUAUUGAAUAACGAAUUAUUACAUAUUAUUCAAAUGAACUUAAAAUAAAUAUAAAGCAUAAAUA